CUUUGUUAAGUCUGUAGGGGAAAUGCUGUAGAAGUCCAAGGGAAAGCCAAAUGGUAAAAAGCCAGCACCAGAGGAGAAGAAACUUUACCUAGAGCCAGAAUACACAAAAUCCAGAAUUACUGACUUCGAAUUUAAGGAGCUAGUGAUGUUACCACGAGAAAUAGACCUCAAUGAGUGGCUAGCCAGCAACACAACAACUUUCUUUCAUCACAUCAACUUACAGUACAGUACCAUCUCGGAAUUCUGUACAGGAGAGUCGUGUCAGACCAUGGCAGUGUGCAAUACACAGUACUACUGGUAUGAUGAGCGGGGAAAGAAGAUCAAGUGCACUGCUCCUCAGUACGUAGACUUCGUCAUGAGCUCCGUGCAGAAACUAGUGACGGAUGAGGACGUCUUUCCAACAAAAUACGGCAAGGAAUUCCCAAACUCAUUUGAAUCCCUAGUGAAGAAGAUCUGCAAGUACCUGUUCCAUGUGCUGGCCCAUAUCUACUCCUCACACUUUAAGGAGACUUUGGCACUGGAGCUGCACGGACAUUUAAACACGCUCUACACACACUUUAUCCUAUUCAUCAGGGAGUUCAACCUCGUGGACCCUAAAGAGACCACCAUCAUGGACGACCUCACAGAGGUCCUCUGCAGCAGCAGUGGGAGCAGCAGUAACGGGAGUGGCAACGGGAGCGGUAACGGCGCGGGAGCACAGAACCACGUGAAAGAGAGAUGAGCCCUCCCCCCGGGUCAGAACGAACACUCACAACAACCUUCUAUAUUCCGUGUGUCCAUGU